AUCCACAUUUCCUCCAUUCCCCGCAUAUCCACAUUUCCUCCAUUCCCCGCCAUCCGAGCCGUCAUUCUGAGUCCACUGGAAGCACACCCCAUGGCCAUUCCACCGCUCGCUGCUCGCUGCCCGCUCGCCUGCACCAGCCGCUGGACUCCCGUUGCUCCCGCACCUUCCGCCGCACGUGCCGCCGCCUCGUCCUCGCCGCUCCCAUCGGCCACAGCGUCGUCCCUCGCGCUCCUCGCUGCCCCCUCGCCCCUCCCCGCCCCCUCCGUUCUCGCUCGCUGCGGCUCCUCGUUAUCCUCGCCGUUGUCCGCGUCGGUACUGUUUACGACGAGCUUAAAUGCCGAUUCGCCACCCGCCGUUCUCGGAUUCCCGAAAAGAGAGGCCGAUCGGCCAGUCAGGAGCGUGCACGUGGCGAGAGCUGAGGGCGGGCGAGGCGCGGUGAGCGACGAGGCGACGGUGGCGGAGGUUCAGGCGGAAAUCGCGGAGCUGGAGGGCGAGCUGGAGAUGACGUUCGGGCGGGUGGAGGCGGCGUGGCGGCGCUACCACCGGCUGCGGGCGGCCCUGGAGCGGCUGGACGAGGCAGCGGCGCGGGAGACGCGCAGGGCGGGGCUCACGGGCGACCGCAGCACUGCCGCCACCACUGCUGCUAGCAGCGCCAGUAGUGGCGGCAGCAACAGCAGCAGGGGCAGUGGGGUGCUGACGACGCUGGAGCGGGUGCGGGUGGAGCGGGUGCGAGUGCUGCACGCGCUCACACGCGCUGAGACCCGCGCGGGCGUGCUGGAACGACUCGUGCGCAGCAUUGCCAAGGCCAUUUCAAGCCGCGAACGCCGCAUUCUGGCUGCAGCAGCAGCAAGCCGCCCCCCAGUUAAUCAGUCGAGGGUGCGCGCAGCAGGGGGCAGCAGCAGCUCUGUGGGUGCAGCAGCGAGGGCUUGCGGGCAGGGCAGCGAAGCGACGUGGCAGCAGCGCGCUUUGGGGCGGCGGGAGAGGGUUCUGGGCAUGUACCUGGGGGAGGUGCAGGCGCUGGAGCAGGAGGUGGCGCACAAGGUGGCGCUGCUGCACAGCGCCCUGCAGGGGGCGGGGGGGGAUGAGGUGGGGGGGGAGCACUGGGAGGUGCGUCACCGUGGAAGUGAAGGUGCUGGGAGAGAGGGGGAGAGGCAAGAGGCGGGGAAUGGUGAGAAGAGGGGGAGUGAUUCAGUGAGGGGUGGGAGGGAAGGUGGCCAAGGGGAGGGGGGACAGAGGAGGGAGCAGCAGAGCAAAGAGGGGAGGGAUGGGGCUGGGCAAGGCGGGAGGGGGAGCAGAGGGCAGGCGGGAAGGAGUGAGGUGGAUGGGGAAAGGGCCAAGUUGCAAGAGGCCAGGAGGUUGCUGGCGCAGCUGCAAGCACUGAAGAAGAGCUUACGUUCCAAAAUACUGUAAUCCCCCCGAUAUAGGCGCAUAGGGGCUUAUAGGAAAUACCUAACAAAAGUGGCGUGCACUUGUAAUCGAAUAAAUUUUUUAAGUCUGGGGCUUAUGAAAGGGAUUUUAUGGAAAAAAGAUUUGAGCACGUGAAAAUGUAGUGCUUGAAAUGUGUGUUCUAGCGCGUCUUUCUAAAGGGGAGCAUGUUGACAAAACGUGAGAAGUUGGCUGACAAACAUGCCCCAAGAUUCGUUUUUAGGCACACUGAUUUAUCAUCCUUGCCCCCCAUACUUAGGCUGAUUUCUCAGCCC